CUUAGUUCUUUCACCGCCUCGGCAUAAAAGGCUAUGUUUGUAGUUGGACGAAGGUGUGCCCCUCUGUACGGGAGAUCAGUAGCAAAUCUCUUAUUUACGCCAAAAGGUAAAGUUGUUACGUACUUGUACCAGACUUAAAUUUAGUUUAGCCCUGGGAAUCCCCCUCGAGGCAGUAGUAGCAAGGAGGGCGCUCGAGUACAUUGAUAGCUUACACAUUUUAUUGGCAUGGAACCACCGAAUAGAGGAGAAAAGAGAAAAUAUAAACCUGCAUGCACUUUACCAUUACAGUGUGUUCAGAUACCAAAGUGACAGUUCAUUUUUUUUGUCAUGUAAAUUCGCCACUUUAGUAAGGAGAAGGAACUAAGCCGAGUUAACUUUCGCAAAGACUUCUGGGAUGGUCACUAGGUACAGCGAAAAAAACAUCCGGAAACACCCGGAAACAAUUAAAGGGUUUCUUGGAAAAUGGGCGCUUUUGACUGUUUACUAUUACAAGUGUCCCUUCUUUAAGAAACACUUCAAUUGCAAGAUGCCUUUUGGCCCUUGUGCCCUUCUUGUUUGUAAAAUGGCGAAUGUACAUGUACCAACCAUCAGCAGAGUUAGAGGGGGCAAGAUGGCUGACACCCACCUCGUACUGUGUCUGUAUUACUGUUUAGGUUAAAAAAAAAUCUAUAAAAGUCUGUCUUCCAGGCGCCAGUUGUUCAAAAGGUUUUAAGUGUUAUCCUGUAUCCAGUGGGUGAUGCAUUAUUGCUUUCCCAAAACUUGUCUGCUGGUGAUUUAUCCAGUGGCUAGGGCUAUUCAAAAUUUGAACAACUGAGCCAAUUGCUGUAGCAGCUCUUCUGCCAAUAUUAGCCUCGGUUAUAGCUGGUUGGCAUAUCAUUAUUAACUGGUGAUGUAACAGAUCAUUGUGUCUUAUUGCUUAUUUUUCUGUUACUUUCUUACUCUUCAAAUCAGAGAUUUCAUAUUGCCAUGUGGCUGCCCACUUUACCUGAAAUCAGGUCUUUAGCCUAAAUGUAGCUGUACCCUCCCCCCCCCCCCCCACGUGCCUAAGAGAAAAUGGAGGGAUUUUCCCUCCCUUCAACUUUUCCAGGACUCUGACAAUGACCCAGUGUGUUGGCAGUGACUUUCAUGAGAGAAAAAGUGAGAACUCAACCCUGUGUAGGCAUAAGAGGUUUGAGCUCCUUUGGACAGGCUACAAAAAUUUCAGGUUAUUAUAAAGAUCUCUAUGUGUUUUCAGGCUGGUUAAAAAUGCAGUUCUUUGGAGACAUGUCAGAUCAGUCAUUCUGGAACAAUUUUUAUACAAGUCGUCAAGGCAACAAACACUUUGACUGGUUUGUGCAUUUUGAAGACGUCAGUGGAUACCUCGCCCCCUACCUACCAUCUCUCGGGAACAAUUGCCCUAUUCCGAGAAUCAUUGACAUUGGCUCUGGUACCUCAGAUUUCAGCUUGAAGCUUUUCAAUCACCUAAACAGAAAAUGUUGUAUAGAUCUAGUUGACUUUUCACCCGAGGCAAUUAAAAUCAUGCAGAAAAUUCUCCUUGAACAAGGUCUUCUCAAGAAAAGUGUCAAUCCAGAAGACUUUCCAGGCAUUGCAUGUCACCGAGCUGACGCUAGGAAUUUACCAUUUAAAGAACAUACGUUCUCGCUCGCUCUUGAUAAGGGAACUUCUGAUGCAGUGUUGAAGGGAACUGAUGGAGAAACAGCCUUUGUGGAUGUGGUUCAAGAAUCAUUGCGUGUGUUAAAACCCAGUGGAAAGCUAAUUCAGUUUUCUGAUGAGCCUCCUGAAAUGCGACUCAACCUCUUAGAAAAAGUCAAACAAGAGGUAAUGCGCACAAACUUGAACACAAAGAAUUGUAAGCUAUGUUUUAUAUGGCGUGAAUUAGAAAUUAACACUGGUUUUCAACAUUUUAUGUAUGUCGUCCACAAAGAAAACUGCUGAAUUAAAACUUCUGCUUUUAUCAUGCUUAUUUGGAGGGAGAGACU